UUCAAUUUUGUCGCCAUAUUGCGACGAAGGUUAAAUUGAUAUUUCAGUCGCAUAGAGCGGCUAUUCGAAUUUCUUAAAAUUUUUUUAAAGCUAUUCUUUACCAUUUUACAGUCGAAAAUAAAAUUGACCAAAGUGUGAUAGAUAUUAAGUAAUUGUAGGACAAAUCCUUUCGAGGAAAAUAAUUGGAGUUUUCUUACAAGUUUUUUAUUACUCUUUAAAAUUAUUUUAAUCUGAACGAAGUCUGGUCGUUCUUACUUCUAUAGCUUGAAUAUGGCAUAUUGAAAUUAGAUUUAUCAUGAAUUCUCAAGUCUGCUGUUCAGCUCCAACAGGAGUUAAUUCUACCUUUUUUAAAAUUGUCAUCAAAUCUGGAACCAAAUAUUUUGGAAGUGGGCGUAAUGGAGAAGGGGAAUGCCAAAAAUUCUUCUUCAUCUAAAUCCAACAAUUGCGAUUCAAAAAAUAAACAAGAUGUUCCAAAUAAGUACUUUCGCUUGCCACGAGUCAAAGAUAAUAUAUCACCCCGCCCUGAUGUUAGACGCAAGUCAAAUCCUCAGAGAAAUAGAGAAUUGUUCGAUAAAAGACCUAGAAAUAAAACUGGAGCAGUUUGUGAAAGAUACAGGAGUGAGAUAGCAGAUGGAGCUGUAGGGGAACCAUCUACUAAACAAGGAUGCAAAAAAACAAAUUUGAACCAUUUACUGAAUUUUACUUUAGCACCGCUUGAUAACUGGGAAGGAAGUGGUAGACGACCUAUUCAUAACAGAAACAAAUUACCAAAAUAUAAUAAAGAACUUUUCUUACAAGCUAACUGCCAGUUUAUUGCAAGGGAUAGUGGAAAUUAUUCUGUGCACCAAAAGAAUCCUGAUAUUCUUGUUGAGUGGUCUCUGAUUGAAGAAAUACGUUUACCAUGCCAUGAAGUGCCAUUAUGCCCCAUAUGUCUGUAUGCGCCAGUUGCUGCAAAAAUUACUCGUUGCGGACAUAUAUAUUGUUGGCCUUGUGUACUGCAUUAUCUAUCCUUGACAGAUAAAACUUGGCAAAAAUGUCCUAUUUGUUUUGAAGCUGUUCACAAGACAGAGUUGAAAAGUGUAUCAUUGCGAGUUCAGAAAUCUUUUGCUGUUGGUGAUGAAAUUACCAUGUGUCUUAUGAAAAGAGAAAAAGGGUCCUUACUUUCAGUUCCUGUCAUUGAACAGAAAAAUGCUAAUACCUUAUGUAAUGUUGAUGAAGUGGAUUCAGUGACUCGUUAUCAAAAGCUCUUACUAGCAUGUCCAAAAGGUAUAAAGGUUAUUAUAAAUAGAGAGCGCAUGGAAUUAAAUCAAGCAUAUGAGGCAGAAAAAGAUACACCAGAAGUUUGUUUUAUUGAAGCUGCAAUGAAACUUUUGGAUGAAAGGGAACAUAACCUGAAUCAAAUCCUAGAUAAUGAGCUGCAUAAGGAAGAAGAAAAUAUGAUUGGUGCUACUCGAAAACAUCUUACAUCAAUUAGUUCUGUGGACUCCACUGAUGAAUCUGUUAACUUAGAAAAUGAAGAAAACUCUUUUAAGCCAGGAAGUGUUACACCAAAUAAUUACCAGCAAAAUACUUCCAUUGAUUCUUGCAAUAAGAGCAUUUGUUUUUUCUAUCAAGCUGAAGAUGGCCAGCAUAUUUAUUUGCACAAUGUAAAUGUACGCAUGCUUCUAAAAGAAUAUGGUUCUCUUGAAUUUGCUCCACCUGUCUUAACUGCAAAACUUGUUGAAGUAGAAAGUGUCACAAUGACAGAGGUAUUAAGAAAGAGAUUACGGUAUCUACAACAUUUGCCUUUGACUUGUGAAUUCCAAGUCGUAGAACUUGACUUCAGCCAUCUUGUAUCGGAAUUAACUGUUCAGCAGUUUGAAGGUGAAAUCAGGAAAAGAAAACUGAAUCGUGCUAAAAAAAUGCGGAGUGAAAGAAGGCGAGAAAAGAUGAUAGAAGAAGAAGAAAAUAGAAAACUUGGAAAAUAUCCAAAAGCUACCUAUAAUUUGAAUAGCGUUGAUCAGUUUCCUAGCCCUGAAGACUUCUUAUCUCUUUCACCACCGAAAACUAGCUUUAAUGGAAUAAAACCAACUGCAGAUCGAAAUGGCUCCGAAUCAAAUGCUGAUGACAAUAUUUUGAGCUCUGGCUAUUCUGAUGAGUUCCCUGCUGCUGAACCGAUAUGUUCUCCUGUCACUUCUUUUGCUCAAAAGCUGAAAGCUGGACCGAAGACAUUUACAAGUAUACCGAAGGAAUUUAACAAAGCAAGCACACUUGUUUCUCCACAAUCACAAGCAAGUGUGGAUUCAGAUGGGGAGGAAUGCACUCCAGCUCCUGAAUAUCACCAAUCUUUCAGUGAUGCAAUUCAAGCUGCUCUUGAUGCUGUAACUUUGAAAGAACCAUCAGAUAAUAACCAAAGUUCAUCCAAGAAGAAGAAGAAAGGAAAGAAACAGCUUUUAUUUACAACUUCUAUGAACCGUAACAAUUUUUGAAGUUGCUUUUUCAUAAAGGGGGAAAAAUUUUUUUGUUUAGAUACAAUUUGUGUAAAUUCUGGUUGUUUAAAGAAGUGCAGCAAUAUUUCUGUGAUUUUCAGUUUUGUUAUUUUAUGUAUAUUUGUUGUUAGCAAGUUAAAAAUGAAGUUGCAAAGACUUUUA